AUGGGCUCCGUUGACUUGAGCUCCACGCCGGCCUUUUCCGCCCACGUACCUCCCCGAAACCCACAGACGAUCCUCCUUGUGACCGUCACAGUCGACUCUUCCAAUAUAGACGAUUUCCUCAAGGGCUUGCACAUCUGCUAUGACCGCUGCAUCGAGGAGCCCGAGUGCUUGUCAUUCGAGGUCUUUCACAGCCAGGAUAAGCCCGGUCGAUUCCGAUUCCUGGAGAUUUGGGCAAAGGAUCGGCAAUGGUUCGAAUCGGUCCAGAUGAAGAAGCCGUACUAUGAUCCGUACCACGAGGCCACCAUCAAACUAUGGACAGAGCCACGUACGCGGCCUGAAUUGAUCUUGGCAAAUUGA